AACUCUUACGCUGGGCGCCCACCAUUACAGUCACUUUGUACGCAGUAGUCAACCAGUUUAAUUAAUAUACUUUCAGAGUAGAUUCGAAACUCCAUUGUAGCCAAUUAUUAUGAUCUAUUAUUUGUGACAUUAAAUUACCUACAGUGUGACUAUAUUCAAGUUUGUUGGCAAUGUAGUUUUUACUAAUUUAAAUAUCCAACAAUUGGAAUAAUUAAGCCCACUGUUUGCUGCUCUACUCCCUCUACGACUAUCUACCUCUGCAGUCACCACCACCCCUCAUGGAGGAAGUGAAGAGAAUAUUCCAGGUUUACAUCGUUUCACCGACCCGAACUCAUCUCGUGGCCGUGGACCUUUUCGUGUUGUCUCGGCGUCAGCAACCUCAAAUCGUCCCUCAGCGACCUUCCAUGCACCACGCCAUGAUAAGAAUGAUGAUGAGGUAACAAAAGAUAAGAACGUGAACAAGACUGAAGACACAUCAUCUCAAGUAGAUGCUCGUCGCCUCUUCUCUUUUGGAGAGAGUGAUUCAGAAGAAGAAGAGGAAAAGAACGAUAAUGAUCAUGCACGGGUCGUUACAGGAGAGACGUUAAUUGAUGUCCUGUCAUCCCCCUCCUUUGAAAAUAAGUGUUUAGUGAGUAAAGAUUAUCAUCAUGACAAUUUUCUUAGUGAUGAUGGAGAAACCCCCCGAGGUGGUCGUGACCGUCAAAAGAAGCUUAAGACUGUUCCAGAAACAACAAAGAGAAGUAUUCCUCUGCCUGUCAGCAGCGACAGUGACGACGACAUCCCCAAGAAGAAGACAACUCUUCCAAUUAAGAAUACACCAGAUGAAAAUGAUGAUAGUGACGACGACUUUAAAAGUUCCAGCCGCCAGUCCAACAUUUGGAAGAAGGAAGUUAAUAAAGUCAAGAAAUCUUCACCAAAGCCAUUCUUAAAGAGGACGCCGGCAAAGCCGUUGGAUUAUUCUUCGGACGAGGAAGAGGAGAAGGAGGAAAGCCGUGAAUUUGGGGAACUAUCUCAUCAGAAUGUAAAAGCUUCACCAAGUAGAGUCGAAGAUGGACCGGCUCAAAAUUCCGGGCGUGAGGAAGAGAGGGAAGUGUGGAGGCAAGGAAUUAUAGAGACGCAUAAUUCGAUUGUUGGAUUAUUUGAUAAUUAUGUUCAACUCGAGGGUGGCAAACUUACCAAAUUGGUCUUGGGGGCUGUUCCAACUGUUGAAGGAGAAAGUAUCGAAAUAAAUGAAGCGUUAAUUGGGAAUCUCUUUCCUCACCACUUUCGGGGAGUCAAGUAUAUGUAUCUGACUUGUUUCGGGGGUCUGGAGCAGUUCUCUCAAGGGAAUGAAUCAGUCUUCACUACUGAUUAUUUAAUUGGCCCUGGAAGAGAAGUCCAAAUCGCAGCAUUCGCUCAGGCAGUAUUGGAGAAAGAAUCAACGGGAAUGAAGAGGAUACUCAUUCUAUGUCCUCCAAUCAAAACAAAAAUAUGGUCUGACGAGAUUCAAAAGAGUUUCGACUACGUCGACCCGGAACAACGCCAACUAGUUGAUGACCUGUGCGAUGGAGAGGAUAUUUUCGAACACAUCGAAUCUCUCAAAAUGUGGACAAGAUGUGGUGGCGUUGGAAUUAUGGAUUUAGACCUAUUCCAACGGUUGGACAACUACUACACCGAAGAUGACAAUAAUAUGGAUAUUAUUCAGACUGCCUUAUUCAACCCUGGCCCGGAUAUAGUGUUCUUUGACUAUGAAAGUAUGGAUAAACGAAGUAUUCCUAAAAAGUACACAGGGUUGGUUAAAAUCAGUACCACGCGACGAAUAAUUUUACCUGACCUAUACUCUCACAACCCGAUCCAGCACAUCAGUCGUGUGAUAUUCCGCGACUGGUUAAUGGGGAUAGGGAAAGGAUGCUACGAACAACACUACCCAUCGUUUCUGCAAUUUAGUGACUUGGUUGGCUACCACAUGCAAAGGGAUGUUCGCUGGGUGAAAAAUGAAGGAUUCGCAGUGGAGCGGACUAAUGGGUGCAAUUCGUACUUGAAAUCCGAACUUCCAACCAAAUGGAGAAAUCAUACUUCCCAAGUUAGCAAGGCUUAUGAUCAAACUCCCGAAAGAAAAAGGAAAACCAAAUCGAAACAUCCAAGUGACAUUCCUCCAACCCACGUUCUGUACAUCCUGGUCGUGUCUCCAAGUGUUGGACAACUAACAGCAGACAAUUUAGCUGAUCCCAAUUUCAAGAUGUACAUUUACAUCGGGCAAUGGGAUUCGGGGACACGGGGCGGCUUAAUUACAGCCCGAAUUUCCCAUUUCUACGACCCUAGAGAUCCAGUAUUCAUCCUAUUGUCCGACCCAUCCAACCAGUGUCACCAAGUUGUAGCUGUCCAAUGCUAUAACCAAUUUUCUGCUCACAAUGGAGAGGCGUACUUGCUGGAAUACGCUGAUGAGUGGAAUCGAGUACACCCUGAUGGAGCCCGAUUCAUCAUAACCAAGCCAGAGGUCCAACACUUGGAUGAGUAUGGGACCCUUAGAAAAGAAGCUCGUCAAAGGGCAAAGGAUGGUGUGUGGAUUUUUCAGAAAUUCAACAAGGACGCGAAACCCAACCCGUCCCCUCUUCCUAAAUUCGCCGAUCUCUGCAAAUUGCCGUUCAGAAUCGACCAGACUUGCAUCAAGGAGAGAGUAAUUAUAAGAGGUGCGAAAAAAGGAAGGAAAUAAAAGUGUGAUUAUAGAUAUGUAUCCAGCCACGACAUAACUUUCCCCAAACACACGUUACAAUCACCUCAAAUGAUUUACUCUCGCACUUUCUCCCCACCUUUUCCAUUAGAAGACAGCAAUAAUUACAGUUCCGACUCUUACGAUUACAACAACACUUUCAUCACCAGCACCAUUUUCUGACAAACACAUUUGCAUUUACAUUAGAAUUAGGCAGCUUGUUGGGAAAUGACAAAACUUCACCCAGGAGAAAGUCAAGGGGAAAGCUACGUCAUUCAAAAUGCGCUGGUUUGCAUUACCAGAUACUGUUAAUUUAUUGUCCUUUAAUUCCAGUAAUUUAUGACGUCGACCACCCUGUAGUAAAUACCUAGCGAUGUAUCAUUUCCCUUGAAUAACGUAGCGAAAUAAAACUGAGAUGCGAUAAAGCCUUUCCUAAAAGCAA